AUGAUGAGACUGGUACUUUUAGCUGCACUUUUAUCAAUUUCUUCAAGUGAAGAUCCCGUUUCCCUGAACCCAUUCAAACAAAGCUACGUAUGCCCACCGAAGUUUAUCAGACAGGGCCACAGAUGUUAUUUCUUCAGUAAAGAGGCUAUCACGUGGUCGGAAGCACUAUUUCAGUGUCGUGAAAUGCGCAGUAAUCUCGCUAUUAUACAAAACAGAAAUCAAGAUAAACUCAUAAGAAGCUUCCUCAGCAAAAAGACUCUAGAUCCUUUAGAACGAUGGUUGGGAGGAGUCUACGACUGGGGUAAAAUGGCUUGGAAGUGGGCGGCUCCCGGAAAACCACUAGCUUAUAAUGGAUUUUCAAAAGAAGUUAACCCUCAAGAUCCAGAAACUUUAAGAUGGCAUUGCAUUAUCAUGGACCCUACUCAACAGUACUUCUGGAGUUCACGUAGUUGUGUGGAACGAAAACACUACAUCUGCCAAACUAGGCUUAAAACCGUUAAUAAUAGGGAUAAGAAGAGACUCCAACGCCAAUACAAGGCCAGCAAAGACAAUCGACUGAAUGAAAUCCCCGUGCCAUAUAUUCCCGAUUUCCCAAACAAUACUACUGCCCUGAAAUACAACGCCUUGCCGAUCACCUAUCACUUCGAAGUUAACGACAAACUCAGCGAUAACGCUAUGUUCGCCUACAAGAGCCCUGAAUACAAGAAGCAAGUCAGAAGAAACGGACAAAGAAAAAAGAAAUCCAAUAGCUUGAGGCCAGUGAGACCAGUGAGACUGUCCAAUGGUACUGUUAUAGAGAGACCCAGAAAACGAGUGACUCACCGAAGAAGGAAACAAAGAAAACCUGAAGAUUUAGGAAAACCAACUUUAAUUAAAAACAUCAGGUGGAAAACAUACAAAAAAACAGGAAAUCUACCCAACCCUCUUUAUCCAAGACCUAUAGUCGAAGAAUAUAACUAUGUUAAGGGUGGAUGA